AUGCCCCCACGACGAGGGCCACCUCGGAUCGCCAAGACGAAGAAGCAAAAACAGUUGAUUGUUGCUCCUUCUGCAGGGAGUCGUUUAUGCUACAUCUUGGACUUGGGCUCUGCAUCAGUGUGGGAUUAUCUUGAUGCACAGAGCGCCUCCAACACACUUCGAGCCUGUCCUGGCGUAUUUUCGCGGGAUUCCAUCGACUCGGUGUCGCUGAAGGCGGUGCAGAACUUCGCAGUGGAGUAUAAGACGCACUUGGGUCGACAUUGUGAGUGCGAUUGGAUGCGGCGUCUAGAUUUCACCCACAAUACUGAGGACAAGUGCAAAGGAAUGGCACCGUUCACAGUUGACAAAACGUUACCCAUUCUUCAGCUUCCAGGAGGACCAAAACGCUUUUUGGACGCACUUCUGCUAACCAAGAAACUGAUGCAGCCGUUCGAAGCAGCGAGGAGAAGUCAAGAUGCCACGUUUGAACCGAUGGUGUGCCCUUUAGUAACUAAAGAGAUUCGGAAAUUGUCUUCCAAGGCUGCAGUUACUCGUGCGAUGAAUGGCAUUAGUCCGGGGGCUGGUUCGAGGUUCUUUUAUAAGUUUAAGUUGAGCCCGAAGCCGUAUUUUGUCGAUUUCUUAGAGGAACAUUGGAGUGGAAUAAAGGGCUCGUCUUGUGAGUAUUGUGACAGUCUGGCAGACUCCGGCACGAGACAAGAACUCAAGAAGAACGCAGACUUGACAACCAAUGAAACCAAAUGCAUUCGUGCGAACUGCUUAAAACUGUAUCGACCUUUAAAAGGUGCGCUGGAAAGAAAUCUCCGAUUUGUACGUUUUGUUCGACGUCCUCGACGUCGUUCACGUCGAGAUGUGAGUUUUAUCGGCAAAUACAAGGGACUUGUUGCCGGCCUAACGGAGGGAGGAGUUCUUUGUGGCCUCUUUCUAGUGAAUGGAUUCUGGCCCCACGAGUAA